AUGGCGGAAGUGGAUGCUGAAACGACUCAUGCCUAUAGGCGACUUGUUGAGCGUCUCCUGACCCAAGCCGAACAAGUCAAACCCGACAAGCAGAUUGAACCCCCCUUGACGGAGACGCAUCUCGGCGACUCCUUCUGGCUAAUCCAGGGAGAGGAUGAGCAGAUCGCGAAACGAUUUAGCCAACAAACACAGUUUGCUGCUGUUGAAAUUGCAUUUAGGGAAAAGUUCUAUCAUCUUCUCGCCAAUACAACAAUUGACGAGCCGGGCUUCAUUCAAAUAUGGAACCUCCUCGAUAUCAUUUCCAUAUUUUCUGACAAUGAGCAAUGCGAACCCGGUUUGAUUUUCUGGCUCAUCGAGGAGCUGCUCGAUAGUCAGACCAUAGAGGGCUGUCGCAAGGUUUUCGAUUACUUGGAGUCUCGGAGAGAGCGGAAUACAAAGAAACACUUCAAACAGAAAAGCUUGAUUAUUCUUCGAUCUUGCAACGAGCUACUGCGAAGAUUAUCUCGGGCCGAGGAUACCGUGUUCUGUGGCCGCGUUUUUAUCUUCUUGUUCCAAAGCUUUCCUCUGGGAGAUAAGAGCGCUGUCAAUCUCCGGGGUGAAUACCAUACCGAAAAUGUGACGACGUUCGACGAGAAUGUUACGAGUGGAGGCAAUAAGGAUGAUGAAAUGGAUGUGGAGCCCUCCAAUGGACAAGACGCAUCUGCGAGAGUGGAGGAGCCUGAUACAGUCUCUCAGACGCCUGCGCAGGAAUCGCCGAAAGCACCGAAACUAGUUGUUUCCAAAAGUGAUGACAAGGGCGAGGAGACCAAGAUUGAUUUAGAUAGACUCUACCCGAUGUUCUGGAGUCUACAAGCCUAUUUCUCGGCCCCAACCAAAACCUUCGAUCCCCACCACUUCGCUACAUUCAAGUCAGGGCUCGAAGCUACACUGUCGACAUUUCGUUCAAUGCAUAUGGACAUGGAGAAUUCGGGAGCCGCGAGGACGUCCGAAGAAACCAGGAAAUCCUCCAAACGGAAACGGACUGCGGACGGACAAGAGAUUGCGAGCAGUUUCAAUCCCAAAUAUCUGACCAGUAGAGACCUGUUUGAUCUCGAAAUCAAUGACACCGCUUUUCGAAGGCACGUUCUCGUUCAAGCGCUCAUUCUCUUGGACUUCUUGCUUUCUCUUACGCCUAAAGCGAAAGCAAAGAUGGCCGACAUGACCAACAAAUCCGUGCUUUACGGUUUCGUGUUGAAUGAUGAAGAUACAAGAUGGGCCGCGAAAACCAGAAAAGCCAUUGAGGAGUACCUUCAAGAGGGAGUCGGUGGCAAAUUCUACUAUCGCAUGGUAGACACUGUAUUGUCAAGGGACAAGAAUUGGGUGCGCUGGAAAGCAGAGGGCUGCCCUUUGAUCGAAAACCCUCCGGUGUCGGUGACCGAGUAUGCCGGCGCCCGUGAGCAAGCGACGAAAGUUUAUGCAAACAAACGCCUUCGUCCCUCACCGAUGGGAUCACUGAACCUCAGCUUUCUUUCCGAAGGCGAGUCAACUGCUGGUCUCGAGAGACUAGCCGAGUCUGAAAGAUUCACCGUUCCCGCCGCCGAUUCAUUUCUGAUGGGCAUCAUGGAUGAUGACUUGGAUAUCGAUAUGGCAAGUACAAAGGCCGAUAAGGAGCAUGCAAUGCGUGCAAAAGCGAGCAAGACCUGGCGGAUUUUGCGGCUCUCUGCGAAAAGUAAACUGGCAGCUUUUCCAAAACUCGAGGAUGGCAAAAACGUUAGGGCUCUGUUUGAGACGAACCCACCGACCGAGGACACCCCCCAGACACUCGAGGGGACUCCCCAGGUAACAGAGGCGGCAACAAAGGCUCCCGGCGAGAACCAGGCCGCUGAACUGGGGCCCAACCACGGCGUUGGCAAUGCCGAGAAAGAAAACCCAAUCGUUGCCACCGAACAGACAUCAGCCGAGUCGACGGACGUAAUUGCUGCGGGCAAGAAAGAACAAGAGACGUGA